AUGUUGCAAGUCUGGGGGAUUUCUGGCGAAGAGGUGGCCUCCGUACCUGUAGCGGAGAUGCACGACGUGCGGACAUUGAAGCAAAGCUUGCAGAAAGUCUGCGGCCUGCCCCGAUUUCGACAGAGGCUCUUGCAUGAUGGGAGGGACCUUGAAGAUGUGGCCAGGCUUGAGAUGGUGCAGGAUGUGCAACUGGUACUGCUGGACUUCUGCCCUGUGUCUCAUCAUGAGGCAAGACACCUUUUCAAGGCUGCGGAUGGUGGCAUGGUGCUGGAGGUUGAGAAAGCCCUGCAGCGGCCCCAAGAUCCGAAUCAGACCACAUCUCCAACCCACCCCACACCCCUGAACAGGGCCGCCCGCAACGGCCACAUGGAGGUGGUCCACCUCCUGUUGGAGGCGACAGCCGACUUGGAAAGAUAUCACUAUCAUUCGGGUUGCACGGCUCUUGGCAGCGCGGCUGGCUUUGGCCACGUGGAGAUCGUGCGCCUGCUCCUGGUGGCCGGCGGCAAGGUCAACAACGGGGCCACCACGGCCCUCUUUCGGGCAGCUUCCACAGGACAUGAGGAGAUCGUUGGCAUCUUGCUGGAGGCCCGGGCUGCGGUGGAUGUGGGCACUCGCCUGGAGGGUAGGACAGCCCUGGGUGUGGCGUCCUACAACGGGCACGCGAAGACCGUGGCCUUGCUGCUGCAAGCCAGGGCCGACACAGACCAAGCCUGUGGAUGGGAAGGUGAGACGGCCUUGUCCUUGGCUGCCAAGCAGGGACACCACGAGGUCGUGCGCCUCAUGACGCAUGAGGGCACGCCCACUUGUGGGAGCCUUUAG